AUGGUGUUCAAUCUACGAACCUUCAGUUUCUCCGAGUCCAGUGAAGAGGAUCGAGUGCAUCCUAGAAGCUUCUCCCUAAAAGAGCUCCGAGCUGCAACGCAGAACUUUAGCCGCCACGACUUCUUCGCGGAAGGUGGAUUCGGUGCGGUUUACUGGGGACGCUUAGCGGACGGUUCUGUCAUGGCAGUGAAAAGAGCAACCGCCCAUGAUCAAGAGAGCGAAGAGGCUUUUGAAAGAGAAGUGCAAGCCGCAAGCUCGGUUCGGGCACACUCAAACAUGCUACGUCUGAGCGGCUUUUGCAGGACCAAGAAGGAGCUUAUCCUGGUCUAUCCCUAG